GGGCAACAGGGAACAUAUGUAAUUGCAUAGGCAGAGCAGGUUGUCCUCUUGGUGAGCUAGUCAUCAGCUAUCCAGCAUCGCUUCCGUCUGCCGUAGCCGGUCACUACAUUGCGUGCAAGCUGUCGUCUUCGGCGCGACACUCUGUAGCUUUAGGUUUGCGUUUGGGCAUCGGGAUAUUCCUGCGCGCCAGAACCGGGGACAAGGCUCGUAUUUUUGCCGGUCUCUACGCAGGAUUAGCUCUGUGGAUCGUGUGGGCGUUUUAACGGGCAACCAACUAGCGGUGUCCGUCGUUCCUUCGCUGCAUCGAUGCUACCCCUCCAUCAUAGACAUGUUCACUCUCUCGUGAAUAUCGUCAAACAACCCCAAUCCUAUACCCCUCGACUCCUCAUUCCUUAUCGAGCUACAUCCGCCGCUACUCGAUCCGCCAGAGCCAGUCUCAGAUACCUUUCCACCUCCGUGGGCGCCAGAUCUACUUCCCUCCAGAUUAGCUCACCCCACCUCAGAGCUACCCCGCGUGUUCCCCUCUUUGGAUCUCGCCGGUUCAAGAGAUACUGCUCCUAUCGAAAAAUGUGUCGUGCAAUGGGAGACGAUGCCGCAGGAGGCGCCGCCUCCAUCGCCGCCAACCGCGAGGUUCUCCCUACUAACGUGAAGCCCCGCCAUUACGACCUGACUCUGGAGCCCAACUUCGAGACCUUCACCUUUGACGGGACAGUGGUCAUCGAUCUUGAUGUCGUCGAGGACAGCACCUCUGUUACCCUUAACUCCGUGGACAUUGACAUCCAUUCGUCAACCAUCAUCUUGGACGAUGGAAGCGAAGUGUCUGCCUCUUCGCUUUCGCUGGACCAGGAUAAACAGAGAGCGACCGUGAAGUUCAACCAGACCUUCGCCGCAGGCUCUAAAGCCAAGUUGAAGCAGACUUUCACCGGGAAAUUGACUGACAACAUGGCUGGUUUCUACCGAUGUGCCUAUAAGGACGCCAGUGGAAAUAAAAAGUAUAUGGCUUCUACUCAGAUGGAAGCGACCGACGCCCGACGAGCGUUCCCCUGCUUUGACGAGCCGGCAUUGAAGGCUGAAUUCACCAUCACUCUCAUCGCGGACAAGAACUUAACUUGCAUCAGCAACAUGAACGUGGCUCAUGAAGAGGAAGUUCAUUCCAAGAUGAGUGGCGGUCCAAAAAAGGCCGUGAAAUUCAACAAGUCACCGAUCAUGUCGACAUACCUUGUUGCAUUCAUAGUGGGUGAGCUCAACUAUAUCGAAACCAACGCCUUCAGAGUCCCCAUUCGCGUGUAUGCGACUCCCGAUCAAGACAUCGAGCAUGGUCGAUUCUCCCUAGAUCUCGCCGCCACAACGCUGAAUUUCUAUGAGAAAGCGUUUGACAGCGAGUUUCCUCUUCCAAAAAUGGACAUGGUCGCCGUCCCUGAUUUUGCUGCUGGUGCCAUGGAGAACUGGGGCUUGAUCACCUAUCGUAUCGUGGAUUUACUCUACGAUGAAAAGACCACCGGCGCAGCAACAAAGGAGAGAAUUGCUGAGACUGUCCAGCACGAGCUUGCUCAUCAAUGGUUCGGUAACUUGGUGACUAUGGACUUCUGGGACGGCCUAUGGCUCAACGAGGGAUUCGCUACCUGGAUGUCGUGGUACUCCUGCAACAAGUUCUUCCCUGAGUGGAAGGUUUGGCAGAGCUAUGUUGUGAACGAUCUUCAACAGGCGCUUGCACUUGACUCUUUGAGAAGCAGUCAUCCCAUCGAAGUUCCUGUCAAGCGUGCGGAUGAGAUCAAUCAAAUCUUUGACGCGAUCUCUUACUCUAAGGGCUCUGCCGUUCUGCGCAUGAUUUCCAUGUACAUGGGCGAAGAGAAGUUCCUGGAAGGCAUCCGGUUGUACCUCAAGAAGCAUGCCUAUGGCAACACAACAACGACGGACUUGUGGGCAGCCCUGAGUAAAGUGAGUGGCAAACCGAUCGAGGCGGUUAUGGAGGUUUGGACAAAGCAGGUCGGAUAUCCCGUCGUUACUGUGCAGGAAAAGCCUGACCAGAAGGCUAUUUCCAUUAAGCAAAACCGAUUCCUUCGAACUGGAGACGUCAGGCCGGAAGAAGAUGCAACAGUGUACCCGGUUGUUCUGCGACUUAAAGGCAAGGAAGGUGUUGACGAAAGCGUUAUGUUGGCAGAACGGGAACGGGAAAUCAAGCUUCCGGAGCUGGAUUUCUUCAAACUCAAUGCUGACCACUCAAGUAUCUUCAGAACCCGUUAUACCCCGGAAAGACUCGAAAAGUUGGGCGAGGCUGCCAAGGCGGGGCUUCUCAGCGUUGAGGAUAGGGCUGGGAUGAUUGCUGAUGCCGGGGUGCUUGCAUCAUCUGGAUACCAGAAGACUUCAGGCAGCCUUUCCCUACUCAAAGGAUUUGAUAGCGAAUCGGAAUUCGUGGUGUGGAACGAGAUCCUCACUCGACUGGGCUCCGUUCGCAGUGCAUGGAUUUUCGAGGAUGCUCAGGUUAAGGACGCACUGAAGACCUUCCAGCGCAACCUUGUCAGCGCUAAGGCACAUCAGCUCGGCUGGGAGUUCUCUGAGGAGGAUGGCCACGUUUUGCAGCAAUUCAAGGCUUUGAUGUUCGGCGCUGCUGGAGCUGCCGGUGACCAAAAGGUCCUUGACGCUGCCAAGGAUAUGUUCAGUCGGUUCUCUGCUGGGGACUAUUCGGCUAUUCACCCUAAUCUUCGCGGAAGCGUCUUUGACCUUGUUCUCCGCAAUGGUGGAGAGGAAGAAUACAAUGUCAUCCUUGAUCGAUACAGAAAUGCCCCUACGUCCACCGAGAAGAAUACAGCGCUUCGUUCCUUGGGAAGUGCUCAACAACCAGAACUGGUGCAGCGAACCCUUGCGCUGGCUCUUUCGGAUGAAGUUAGGGUGCAGGAUAUCUAUAUGCCACUUUCUGGCGUUCGAAUUCAUGCCCCCAGCAUCGUUGCGCGAUGGGAAUGGUUGAAGGCCAACUGGGAGACCGUGGUUAAGAGGCUGCCACCUACGUUCACCAUGCUUAGCACCGUCGUACAGCUCUGCACUGCUAGCUUGUGCACCGAGGAGCAAUUAAAUGAUGUGCAAGAGUUCUUCAAGGAUAAGGACCAGAAGGGUUUCGACCGAUCUCUGGAGCAAAGCUUGGAUUCCGUCCGUGCGAAGACUGGUUGGCUGCAACGCGAUAGGGAGGACGUCGAAUCAUGGCUCAAAGCGAAUGGGUACCUUGGAGAUUCGAAGCUGUAGGCGACUAGAUUUU